AUACGCCGGCGUACACACGUGUCUCGGACCCUGCAUACAUGAUAGAGACAGUCAGCUAGUAGCUAGUGAGCUCAAAUAAAAUAACCUUAUCGAGCUAGCCACUUGAUUACUCGACCAUGGAGGACCUACCUGCAGAUAUCAAAGCGUUCCUUCUGAACCAUCCGUUUCUUGAAUUUACGGGUGACGGUAAAAAGAUUAAAUGCACACUCAAUGGACAUGAUUGUCCUUGCAACCUCACAGAGCUCCAGAACUUCACAAACGGGAAGAAAUAUCAGAAACUAAGUUCUACUGCAGAGUUCAACUAUGGUCAAUAUGAACCUCAUGUUGUGCCCAGCUCGAAGCAACCCAAUCAUCUCUUCUGCAAGUUAACACUCAGACAUAUCAAUCGCCUGCCACACCAGGUCUUACGGCACAUCAAUGGCAAGCGGUUCCAAAAAGCAAAGAAGAAAUAUGAAGCGUGUGUACAACAGGGGAUGGAGUACAUUCCAGCCAGCCUCCGACAGAAGAAGCCCAGAGAUAGCGAUGGGGAGAGGGGGCGCAACACCCAGCGGGGGAAUGGAGCGUGGGCUCCUGACUCCAGCAAUGAGGGUGGCAGCGACUCCGAGGACAGCAUGAGUGACCUGUACCCAUCCUCUUUAUUUUCUCUGCAAAAAGAGACUGAGGAGGGUAUGGAGGCGGAAAAAGAUGACUUUAAAACGGAUGACGAUGAGCAGAUGGAAGUUGAUAAACAGGCGCCACAGAAACGCAAGAAGGUUCAGUUUGGUGGUUUCCAGAAGAAAUUCAAGAAUCAUAACUUGAAAAGAAAAGGUUUAAAGACCAAUGUGAAAGUAAAAAAUGUCAAAUAAAGGGGAGCCAACAAUAUCUCCUAAACUGAGAACAUUGAACAUAGCCAUGAUAACUUCAUCCCCAAGGUUCACGUGGUGUGACUCGC